CCAAAUCAGUUGCGAAUCGCAAGCCGAAGUAUUCACAGUGUAAUGUGAAGCUCUGUUCGCCACGUCUUGUCCCACACACAAAAGUUGUUUGGCGCCCAAAGAGAGUAUAAUAUUAUGUCUCGAAGUAACAUUCGCGCCAACAUCCCCCAUUUUCACUAAAGUAUCCAACCAGUUAGUGUCGCAUUUCUCGGCAAUUUGAAGCGUCUUCGGUGCACUCCUCAGCAGUUUGGUUGAAGGGGCUAAAAAAAGAAGAUUAAAUGAAAAUUCGUCCCCCACUGAACUUGGUGCUGUGCAAUCGACAAGAAUUUGAUAAAUGAUCCGAAGGUGUUUCGAGAAGUUCGUCCAAAUCCCAACUUUUCGGUGUUGUACACCUUCAGCAACAAAGUGACUCAGUGUCUGUGGGAGUGAGAUUACGGGUUGAUGAUAACAUUUUCUUUCUCGGGAGGUGCACAACAGUUUGUGUGUCGUCUUCCCCAAGUUUAAUUGCAUUGUGCAAUGCUGUGACGAUUUCUGGUGUAACGUCUUACUAAAUAAACGAAUUUAUAAAUUAGAAGAAAAAGAAACGCAAAAAAGUGUUCUACAAACUAAACUUCACAAUCAGUGACAGUGAUUUUGACCAUUUCAUCCGAUUUACGAAGUGUGCCCAAAUUCUUGGGAAAAUCGCAAGAAAUCCCCUGAAAAAAAAAUAAGGAAAAAGAGAUAAGAAAGCAAUUACCAAAGUAAGGUGAUAAAAAGGCCUAGCCAGUGUGUUUAGUGUAAAGAAACAGCUCCGUAAUCACCUGGAGAGUUGAGCGCAUUUACAAUUUUUGGCUCUAAACUAAAUAUUUGUGUCCUACUGAAAUACCAUCGUAUUCAACCAUCGAAGGGAAUCUUAUGCCGCACUUUUGGUAGCAACAUCACUCUCGAGUGGUCUGUACAAGUGUUCCCAUCGCUCAGCACCUCCACAAAUUUACGGUUCAUCGCCAAUAGUCCCAGAGCGUGGAGGGAAAGGCCGUGUGACCGUUGAUGGUAUCGUGAGGAAGUACUCCUUCACCCCAUAGAACCCCGUGUAAAUAUUUGCAGAGGACGUGGUUGUACACGCAAGUGGUUGCUGGUCCACCCCAGUGUGAUGUCAUACUCAUUAAAGUAUUGCGUCAGUUCCGCCGAAAAAGCACCACCAGCUACAUUUCUCAUCACGGAAGCUCUCUCGGAAAGGGUAGGAGGUGAAAGUUCGAGGAACUCCGGUGGACGUGCGUAGAGAUCUGCACGUGAGAUUGUGUGUGUGCGGGGUUAUCUGCGGUGCCUUCCCGCCAAAAGGAAGCCCACCAGAGAUGUGAAUCCACCCCGUUACUGGGGGCGGAUUGGGCAGAGGGCGGAAGGCGCCUUGUGAGAGAAAUGUGUCGGUGGACGUGGAAUAAAAGUGUGAAUAGCACCACAAGGGUGGUGAAGACUUAGGUGUGCAAAUCCACAGACAGAUCACAGUGUAUUCCUUCUGGCACGGACGCGCCACUCUCUCUCGGUGAGUGUAAUCCGUCGACGUGUGACGUGUGCAAAAGUACCGUGGGAAUGGGGGCUUAAUUUGGGCACCCAUUGAUCCCCAUCCUUGUAAAUUCACCUGCAUGGAUUCCACAUCGUCUCCCGCACUCUUAGAUGGUAUACUGACCACAACUGCACCCCUACUGGCCCCAAACGCAACCUCAUCCGCAACGAUCGCCAGUCUCGAAGCACCCCUGCUGCCCGGAAGCACCAACACCCUCGACGCAGUCACGACCAUCGCCAGCGCAGCAAACGGGACGUCCGUCACACCGAACGACGGCUCCCCAAUCGCCUCCAUCUUCGUCAGCGUUGUCCUGCUGAUUGUUAUCCUGGGCACCAUCAUUGGCAACAUCUUGGUAUGCAUUGCCGUGGUGAAGGUGCGCAAGCUGCGCCGUCCAAGCAACUACCUCAUCGUAUCGCUGGCAGUGUCGGAUCUGUGCGUCGCCGUCCUGGUCAUGCCAACUGCCCUCAUCUACGAAGUGGUAGACGACUGGCCAUUCGGCACCUUCUUCUGCGACAUGUGGGUGUCCUUCGACGUGCUCUCCUGCGCCGCAUCCAUUCUCAAUCUAUGCGCCAUCUCCGUCGAUCGCUACUGGGCCAUCACGAAACCCUUAGAGUACGGGGUGAAGCGAACACCCCGACGAAUGCUACUCUGUGUGGCACUCGUGUGGCUCGGAGCUGCUUGCAUCUCGCUGCCACCGCUCCUUAUUCUCGGAAACGAGCACGAAACGGAAACGGGGCAACCCCUGUGUGCCGUUUGCCAAAAUUUUGGCUACCAAAUAUACGCAACUCUUGGCUCCUUCUACAUCCCGCUCACGGUGAUGUUGUUUGUCUACUACCGCAUCUUCCGGGCGGCACGGCGAAUAGUGCUGGACGAGAAGCGGGCGCAGACGCAUCUCGAGAAAGCCCUCAACGGGGGUACGCAGCAGGAGAAGCCCAAGGAACCCGUGGGGGUGACGGCACUCAUUGGGUCACCGCAUCAGAAGAAGCUACGCUUCCAAUUGGCCAAGGAACGCAAAGCUUCCACAACGCUGGGAAUCAUCAUGUCAGCAUUCACGAUAUGUUGGCUACCAUUCUUCAUUCUCGCCCUUGUACGGCCCUUCCUCGACGACAAUCACCCCGUACCAAAGACCCUCUCGUCGGUCUUCCUCUGGCUCGGCUAUGCGAACUCCUUGCUGAACCCCAUCAUCUAUGCCACCCUCAACAAGGACUUCCGGAAACCCUUCCAGGAGAUCCUCUACUUCCGCUGUUCCAGCCUCAAUGUCAUGAUGCGCGAGGAGUACUACCACAGCCAAUACGGGGAGCCAGCAUCACAGCGUGUCGUCCUCGGCGGCGAAGGGCAGAAUGCACGCGAGAGUUUUCUCUGAAAUCAGGAGCCAUGGUCCUGCCUUUUGCAGCAGGAUCACACCUUCUAGGUUCGCAGUGCUAUAUACGUGUGUGAGAACGUGUGUGCUGUAAAUAGGUUGAUAAAAUUGAUUUUAUAGACAAGAGAGAUAUUGCAAGCAGGAGCGCAUGGAUCAUGAGAUUUAGAAGCGCCAAAGAUCGAAUAAGAAUCCUUUGGAUUUAACAUUGUGAGCUCCCACUACCGCCAAUUUGUAUUGGCAAAUGUAUACCUCUUGUGAAUCCAGUAUGCUUCAGUUUGCAAAAUCAAUCGUUCGGGCAAAACAUGGAGGCAUGUUGCCUCAAAAAAAGGUAACGCUCUUUUUGUAUAAAUUAUGUUUUAAACAAACCAAUAUUCAUUUUAAAUAAAAAGACUUGUGAUUUUCGUAAAAUUUUUUACAAAGUGUCUAAGGGUAUAUUUUUACGCAAGAUCGUGCAAAUGAGACCAAAUAUGUUUCUAUAUAGGGAUGAUGAGGUAAACAACAUAAAAAAAUUGAAUUUAUUUGGAUGUGUACAUAAAUAGUAAAGAAAGAAGGAGAUAGAUUAAUAUGCUAAUCUUAAUAAAUAAUGUGGAUUUGAUGUUGUGCAGACGUGUGAUGAGAUUCUGUGAGUAAAAAAAAAUACCUAGAUCCAUGGAAAAACUACAAUUUUUCUUUAUUUUAUUGGAGGAAAAAAAAACAAAAAGAAAAAAACUAUGGUCAAGUAUUGUAAUUAAAUAAAUCCAUUAUGUGUGUACAUAAGAAUAUAGUGAGAAUGAAAAAUCAAUUUAAUGUAAUGUCAUAGUGGAAAGAAAAAAAAGAAUUAUAUUACCAUAAAAAUAUUCCUCUCUUGGUAGCAAUUUAAUGGACACAUCGUUUCAUAUUUAAAUAAUAAAAUAAAUAGGAGGAAUUAUAUUACGGAAAGAAAAAGCAGAGCAAAUGUUAUAUGAAUCAUCAUAGCGAAAAAGGUCGGGGGAAAGGAUCAUUAGAUAAAUUAUGAAUGCUGUCCAAGCAUUUUGCUAUUAAUUCUUCAUUUUAAUUAUUAAUUCACCGACCAAAUUUUCAUUUGUAGCAUUUUGUAAUGCAUGAGAGAAUGUAAUGAGGUGCUCAUAUUAAUUACAUCGCUUAAUUUCUAUGAGCGCGUCCAUCUUCCCGACAUUAGUGAGUUUACAAACUUUUGUGCCAAUUCAAAUUAUUUUGAAUUGUUUCGUGCACAGAUUUUACUUUUUAAUUAGACAUCUAAUUAUUUAUUAAUGAUGGACAUGGAAUAUGGCCUAUAGAUUUGAAUAUUUAUCAUUAAAGUUCAAUAAUUUUAUUCGCACACGGUUACUUUCACAACACAAACGAGCAAAAGUGUUCACUAAAAAAGCGUCUAGGAAGAAGAGUCAAAGCUACACAUUUUCUUCCUAUUUUUCUUCUUAAAUUAACCUAAACGUUAGAUUUUUUUCAACUAAUUCCAUUCAUUACUAUUCUUUUCUAAAACUUACUAAAAUAAAUAUUUUUCUUUAAUACUUUUCUUAAAUCAAAUUAUUUUUUAGAGGUUGAUUUAGAAAGUCCUUUCUUUUCCUUCUAAAUUUACAAAGAACUAAUUAAGUUAGUCUUCCUUCCUCUUUUCUUUUCUAAAUUCUUUACUAUUUCGUUUUUCUUAAUCUUGAAAAUCUUCUCUUUUCAUCCUAAGCACGAGCUUUCUAAAGCCUAACAAUGUUUAGUCAUUUUAAUAUUAUUUACUUUUGGGAUUUUAAUACAUUGAUUGGUAUAACAAUUCUUUAAAAAAAUGUUUAAAAAAAACUUUUAUAAUUCCUUUUGGAUUUUAUUAAGAUUUUUUAAGAUUUUCUUAAACUGUUCUUCUGUUUCUUUAUCACGAAAUUUUAGCUAAAAUAUAACAAUUUUUUAUAGCACAAUAAUGCGUCUUAGCUAAAAUAUUAUCUAAUUUUCAGACCUAUUGAAUUUUUUCAAUAAUUUUUCUCAGAACACAAAAAAAUGUUAUAAAAGUCAAAUUAUAAAAAAAAUUAGAACACUUUUGCUCCUUCCUGUGGUCACGUUGUAGUAUCACAUAGAAGAAAAUUAUAAUUAUUGAUGAAGCCAUAAUGAAUGAACAAUUACGACAUUUUCCCUCCAGCAAACCAUUAUACAUGUAGUAAAUAGCCGUGCACCCACUGUGGCGUAUAAAAGUGAAUUUUAGGGAGUGAAAGAGACGAGAGAGAGAGAGAGCUUUUGUGAUAUUUAAAAUGGCCAAAUUUUUUGGCAAACACCCAAAAAUAUAUAAUUUCUAUGCGAGAAGGAAUUAAAUAAUAACUUCAACCUUCACUUAAUGGGGUACUUUAUUGCUAAAGUAUUCCUAUGCACGCCUUUUUGAGCAUACCAAGAAAAAAGAAAAGAGAAGCAAAAACAUAAUGUAAAGAUAUUCCAAACACCACACAUUCUUCAUUAUUAUUCUGCGAGAAAAUAUAACUCUGGGAGGAAAUUUGAAUUCCAUUGCGAGGAUAUGCUAAAAUUUUUCCACAACACAGAACAUUAAUCACUUUACAAAAAAUGCAUAUAAAUCACCAAAAAAAACUAUAUAAGAAAACGAAACCACCAAAGAAGGCGCUCUAAGGAAGAAGAAACCUAAAAAAAAAAGAUAUCAUGACUCUGGUGCUGAUGAUUAUAAUGAUAUAGUCAAAAUGGAUAAAAAAAAAGGAAGAUGUUGAAGAGGAAUUGUUGCAUAUAUGUUAGAGAAAAUAUCUUUAUCUUAGCAAAAGAAAAUGUCUUUCCACCCAAGAAUCGAACUAUUUUCUGCGAAUUUAUUCCCAACUUUGUUGCUGAUUUUCAUGAUUUCCCUCUGCUAAUGGUUUUGUUUUUCCCCCAAAAUGUAAGAUAGACUUUUUCCAUGGAUGGGAAAAGGAAAAACAAUCCAAAUGCAAAUAUAUAUUUUACUUGGGGAUUUAACAAUCCAACUUUCACCCGAGCAGAAUAUAAGUUUAAGUUGAGCAUGAAUUUGUCUGUUUCCGCAAACUUUGGGAUUUAUUUAUGGGCAAAAACACAUUAUAAUUAACACUCACAUUGAAAAAGUUCGUGAGAGGUAAAGCUGUUUUGUAGAGAAUUAUUUGAUAAGUUGAGGAAAAUGACGGGGCGGUGAGGCUUUAAUGUCAGACUAAAUUAUAUAUAUUUAAUGGAUCACUUUGCAUUCUUUUUCGUGGUUAAAAAAAAUCUUUUAAUUAACGUUUUUAAACUCUUUUUUUUUUCAAAUAAAAAUUUUUAAUUUUAUUCAGUAAAAUUUACUACGUUCAUUUUAAAAUUGAUGUUUUUUUUUAAAAAAAAGAUCAUAAAUUCAACGAAAUCUUGUUAAAAAUUAUAAAUAAUAUUAUUCUUAAUCCAUCAAAAGACUAUUUAUCUGAUAUUUCAGUCUUAUUGUCCCCCAAAAAGUUCUACUGAAGAAUGUAUUAUCCGUGACACGAAAAGUUAUAUACCUAGCAUAUUAUUAUGUAUAAUAAAUUUCUCGAAAGAAAGAAAAAAUGCAAAUAAUUUUGCGAAAACACAGGGGAUGAAUAAAAUAAGAAGAAAAAAAACUAAAUAUAGCAAAAUGAAAUGCAAUAGUAGAAUUAACAAAUGCCAUAGUAAAAAAAUCGUUAAAGAAGCCAGUAAAAAAAAUCUUAAAUUUGUCACCAGUUUGAUAUAUAAAUGAGAUACGAAAUGAGAAAAAAAAAUAAUAGUAGGUAGACAAGAGAAAAUUUCUAUUUAUUCAUGAAUGUUCCUUUAAAUUCUGACGUUCUUAACUCUGAAAUGACAGAUUUUUAUUGUAAUACGUUUAGAAAAUAAAGCAAAAAAUAGUAAAAGAAAAAAAAUCAUAAGAAUUUUAACUGCUGCAAAAGUUCCAGAGAAAGCGAAAGAAAAUAAAAUGUUGCGGCGUGUGGGGCUAAUGAAGAUGCAUAAAGGUAAUAAAACAAAAA